AUGGACUUGGGGCAACUGGGGGUCUCAUUCUCUCAAUUAUUUGUAAUUUUACUUUUGCAAUUUUUUCUUUCUAUGUGCCAUAUGGUGAAGAGUCCUUGUCACAUAGAAAGAACUUAUAGUCCCACUUAUAGAAAAGAAGGGGACCUAGUCAUAGGGGGCUUCUUCUCCUUUCUUCUAAAGUUAGAGCCAAAAACUGACAGUAUCUACUUCAGAACUCCUCCCCGCUGGACUGCUGCAGAACCAAAAUCAAUGAUGAAACAUUACCAACAUUUGCUGGCUCUACAGUUUGCUGUGGAUGAGAUUAACAAGAACCCCCAUUUGCUGCCAAACAUAACCUUGGGAUACCAGUUACUCAAUAACUUCCAUAAUAAUAAACUGGCUGUGGAGAGCUCGUUGGUAUGGCUGUCAGGGAUGGGUCCAACUAUCCCUAACUAUAGCUGUGGAGGGCAACCUAAUUCAGUGGCUGUCAUUGGAGGGAUAUCAGCUACACUGUCCAUGUCCAUGGCUACCAUUCUAACCCUUUAUAAAGUUCCACAGAUCAGCUAUGGCCCAUUUGAUCUUCUCCUGAAUGAUAAAGUUCAGUAUCCAUAUGUCUAUCAGAUGGGCAGCAGGGAAUCCACUCUUCACCUCGCUUUCAUCCAAGUGAUGCUCCAUUUUGGCUGGACUUGGGUGGGACUGGUCAUUUCAGAUAAUGUGAAAGGGGAAAAUUUCUUCAGGGAUCUGAAAGAGGAGAUGCUCAGGAAUGGUCUGUGUGUGGCUUUUAAGGAAAGAGUGCCCAGAAACUUUAGAACUGGUCAAGAAGUUUUAUUCUUUUUUAGGAUCAAUAGAUCAUCAUCAAAUGUGAUUUUUAUUUAUGGAGAUACAGACUCCCUUCAAGAACUAUCAGCCACAUUGAAGUAUUACACACUCUAUCAUAAGAUGUUGGUCACCACCUCUUCCUGGGAUUUUUCUGUUGAUUCUGCUUUUAAACUGUAUUCCAAUUUUCAUGGUACAAUGCUAUUUUCUAAAGCUCAUAUGGAGAUUCCUGGCUUCACAGGUUUUGUAAGAAGCCUGAAUCCCAGGGUGAACCCUGAGGACCUUUUUCUAAAGUCUUUCUGGGAAUCAAUCUUUAAUUGCAGACUUUCAGAACAAAGUCAUGUAGAACUGUUAUAUUCUUCCUGCCCAGAAGGUAUUUCCUUGACAAAGUUCCCUUUUAUAAAUUUUGACAUGGUCAUAACAGAACUGAGCUAUAAUGUUUACAAUGCAGUAUAUUCGGUGGCCCAUGCUCUCCAUGAAAUGCUCCAGUCUGAGGCAAAAGAAACAUCAGGACUUGGAAGAAAUCCAGAUCUUUCCUGGAAGCUCCAUCACUUCCUGAAGUGCAUCCAUCCUUUCAAUAGUGCCAGUGAUGUGUCAUGUGGGGAUGGAACCGGGAUGGCUGCUGAGACAUAUGACAUUCUGAAUUUUAAAUUUUCACGUAAUCACAUAGACACACUGGUGAAAGUCGGCAAAGUGAUGCCUCAUGGUCAGGGACUCAGCAUUAAUGAAGAAGACAUAGAUUGGCCAGACGAUUUCCGUCAGACUCCAACUUCCAUAUGCAGUCGGAGUUGUGGCCCUGGAUUAAAAAAGACAGUCCGUGAGAGCCAGCCCAUCUGCUGCUUUGAUUGUACUCCCUGUCCUGAAGGGAUGUUUUCUAAUGAGACAGAUUCAGAGCAGUGUCUGCAGUGUCCUGAACAUCAGUACCCAAGCAAGAAGAGGGAUAGAUGCCUAGAUAAAACUGUGACCUUCCUGGCCUAUGAAGAACCUCUUGGAAUGACUCUGGCCUCUGCUGCUUUCUGUUUCUCACUCCUCACUGCUCUGGUCCUUGGAGUCUUUGUGAAGCACAGAGAUACUCCCCUAGUCAAAGCCAAUAACCGCAGUCUCAGCUAUACUAUUUUGGUGUCCCUCAUCCUCUGCUUCCUCUGUUCCUUGCUUUUCAUUGGUCGUCCUAACACUACCACCUGCCUCCUGCGACAAACCAUAUUUGCAGUUGUGUUUACAGUGGCCAUUGGCUCCAUUUUAGCUAAAACUGUCACUGUGCUUCUAGCCUUCAGGACCUUAAAUCCAGGAAGUCAGCUCAGGAGGUGGCUGAGCUCCACAGCAUCUUAUUCUCUCAUUUUAAUCUGUACUCUAAUCCAAAUGUGUCUCUGUGGCAUCUGGCUUGGGACCUAUCCCCCAUUCCUGGAGAUGGACAUGCAUGCAGAGCCUGCCUUCAUUGUCAUUCAGUGUAAUGAGGGCUCCAUCCUUAUCUUCUACUGUGUCCUGGGCUACAUGGCCUUGCUGGCCUUGGGGAGCUUCACCAUGGCUUUCUUGGCCAGGAAUCUGCCAGACACGUUCAAUGAAGCCAAGUUCCUCACAUUCAGCAUGCUUGUAUUCUGCAGUGUCUGGAUAGCCUUUCUGCCCACAUAUCAGAGCACCAAGGGCAAGGCCAUGGUAGCCAUGGAAGUCUUUUGCAUCUUGACCUCCAGUGCUGGGAUUCUCACUUGCAUCUUUGCUCCCAAGUGCUAUGUGAUUCUUCUGAGGUCAGAGAGAAAUACCUUAGAGUUACUGAAAAAGAAAGCUAAACCCUGUUCCUCAUCAAUCACAGUGAAGUAG